CUCAGCCUCCAAGAAUAUAAGAUACCAGCAAUAUAGCUCAAAGCUUGCAGACGAGCUAAGCUACCUUAUAGUAGGUGACACGGCUAGAAACUAGCUAGAGCAGUUCGUCGACCGGCCAUGUCGAUAUCCUCUAGCUCCAACAAGACGCUGCCCUACUCGGCGGACGGUGGCAGCUACAGCACCCACGACACGCUCGCCCUCCUCGUCAUCGGCUUCAGCGUCACCGCCGUCUGCGUCUUCAUAAUCGCGCUGUUCGAUUGCCUGUGCUGCCGCCCGCGCCGCGCCGGCGGCCGCAGGAUCGUCUUCGUGGGCGCCCGGCCAUUCUUGGUGCGUGCCGGCGGCGACGGUGGGCUGAGCCCCACGGCCGUGGCCGCGCUGCCGUCGUUCUUGUACCACAGAGGCUUGGCCGUCCGCGGCAACGGCGAUUCGGACGGUCGUGGCGAAGGCAGCGGCGGUGGCCGCGGGUGGGCGCAGUGCGCGGUGUGCCUCAGUCUGGUGAAGGAAGGGGAGGUGGUGAGGCAGCUGCCGGCGUGCAUGCACCUGUUCCAUGUAGGCUGCGUCGACACCUGGUUGCACUCCCACUCCACUUGCCCUCUGUGCAGGGCCACGGUAGAGCCCCCUUCGAAAGACCAGGUGCCUCCUGUGUGAUUACUGCGAGAUUUGCAGAGUUUUCUGUGCUAUGUAGCAUGUAUUUUUGUACAUAUCAGAUGUAGAAAUUGCUGUGCUGCGAGUGCGUAC